UAUUAUUUUGAUUCUCAGCUGGCAUUGCGUUUGCGCUGUAAACAUGCGCCGUCAGUAUCGAUUGAAGAAUGGAUAAAUUUGUUUGUGCAUAUCACGACAAGUUCCAAGCGUUUGCCUGCCAGCAGCAGUUGUGAAAAGUCACUUUUGUAGCCGUUGUGUGCCGCAGAGAAGCAGUACAGCAAAUAAUUAACAAUAUUGGAAUCAAUAAUGCAUUGCGUUUUUCUAGCGAUUUACUUGAGUUUAGCUGUUACGACUUGCAGUGGUACUGGACUUAGUGGUCCGUACCUCUUUUGGGGUCAUCAGAGUGUCAUUAAUUUGCAACCACGCGCUCUUGUCGAGGCCAGCGAAGAAGAUCUGACCAAUUUAUUUCAGGACACUAAGGCCAUUGUGGUUUUUGUGCGAAAUACAACUGGACGCAUUGAUGGCAAGGCAUAUCCCAGAUUUCAGCAAGUGGUGAAGUCAAACGCUUGGACAUAUUUACCACAACAUUUUCUUAAAGCGGAACCCUUUAACUACAAUGCCAAUAUAGAGGUCAUUAAUCUAAGCGGCAAUGCUGAAGAAGAAGAUGAAUCAAUUGUUUCUGGCUAUAAUGAUGCGCUUACCAUUUACGGCGAAGGAGAGGUAUUGGGCAUAUUAGCGAGUCGCGAAGAUGACACACAUUACAUUUCUAAAAGAGACGCUAAAGAACGUGAAGAACGCACAGAAGAAGAACGUGGGGCAACAACGACUUCUCAGACACCAACCGCUGAUGAGGAAGACAAAACUUUCAUUUACGUAGCACUUGGCGACAAAGCGGUGCUUUAUGUAACCUCAGCUCCAGUAAUUAAUAUCACCGGCAGAUUAAACGACACCAAGCUUAUUUCGCAUAACAAGGAUGUUACUUUUGAUGAUCAAAAGGGUAAAGGAUAUGGGCGUCUCAAUAUUAUAUUCUCGGUGGAGACACAGAAAUUAUUCUUGCGCUUCAAUUUUACAUUGAGUCGUGGUUACUGGUACAUGAAGGCUGUUGAAGUGGAGUACAAUGAUUACAAAUCGGUGCUACCGGUUGUGGGUACAAUUUAUAGCAUUCCGUCGGCACCAAUUGGUUUUUCAUACCGCUGCUCCUCGCGCAGUUUACAAUUUGGCAAUGACAGCGACAGUCUCGUCAUAAAUGACUUUCAGGUGCAACCCUGGUUGAAUGGUGUGCCACAUUUUGGCGAUGUUUACGAUUGUGUUGGCUUUACAACUGCUCCUAUUUGGGCUGGCAUUUUGGUAACACUAUUCUUGAUUGGCAUUUUGUCACUGGGACUGAUUGCAUUGAUGGAUAUUAAAACACCAAAUCGAUUUGAGAGUUCACGCAGCAAGCAAUUAUCACUCUUUAUACAGGAGUAAAUAAAUAUUAUAGCUUUAAGUUUAAGUCCACUCUUCUGUGGUUACUUAAAUUGUCGCUAUUAAGAGUUCGAUAUAUUAAGUAAUCAAAUGUGUAAGUAAUUUUGGUUGGAAAUGUUCAUACUAAUUACCUACGGCAUAGCAAAUCCUUUUGUGCUCCUGACAUUGGCUAUAGAAUUUUUUCUCAUACAUUUAUUAUUUAUUUUAAUUGUUAUGUAUGUUUAUAUCUUAUUAUUAUAUUAACCCUUAAAUGACUAUAAUGUUAUGAUGUUUAUUAGCCAACAAUAUCUGGUUAAAGUAUAUAUGAAUAUAGGUAGUUAUGUGAAUAUCCAAAAUAAAUACACAUCAUUCAAAAAAAAUAUUCGUAUAUGUACUUUAUGUAUGUGGAUCUACUUAUAUUUGAAAAAUGCUGGGUAACAUUUCUGCAACGCUUGAGAAACUGUUACAUAAGUUAGGUAUAGCGAGAAAACUGAUAAAAAAGUUUAAUCUGUAGUAUAUUCUUCUCGUUCAAUGUUUGUUCGCUAAUAUUUAAGUCCAUAUAGGUAAUUUAUUACAGUAUGGAGUGAUAUUUUUUAUGGAUCAAAGAAUAUGUAUUGAAUUUUGCGUUAAAAAUUAAAUAAAGUUCUCCAAGCCACUUGAAA